AGGCCCUCUCGAAAAAUUUUUUUCUUUUUUUUUUCUUUUGCUGUUCUGGAAAUCAUCUCGCGACCCCCACGGAGGGGUACCGCGACCCCCCGGGGGGUCGGGACCCCCACUUUGGGAACCACUGCUAUAGACAAAACGCUUCCGUUGAAAAUCCAGUCUUCAUUAACCAACUACUAUAAUUUGGUGGCAGAUAAGCAUUUUGAUAGAGAGACUACUUCUGAAUACGAUAUUACAAUAAUAGCCACAGACUCAGGUAGUCCUCCUCUUUCGAGCUCCGUGACGUUACAGCUUAAAGUAUCUGACGUAAACGAUAAUGUUCCGUUGUUUGAUAAAGCAUCGUAUUCUGCUUAUGUCACAGAGAAUAAUUCACCUGGAAUGUCAAUCACUUCUGUCAAUGCGCAAGACUCAGACUGGAAUCAAAAUUCAAGAGUCUCCUAUUUUCUGGAGAACACACACAUAAGUGGUAGUCCAGUGUCCAACUAUGUGUCCAUUAACUCCGAAACUGGAGUUUUACAUGCGGUUCGUUCAUUUGAUUAUGAACAAAUUAAAGAGUUUUCAUUAACUGUGAAAGCUCAGGAUGGAGGUUCUCCUCCACUCAGCAGCAACGUGACAGUAAAAAUCAUGAUCCAGGACCAGAACGACAACCCUCCUCAGGUCCUGUAUCCAGUCCAGACUGGUGGCUCUGUGGUGGCUGAAAUGGUUCCUCGUUCAGCAGAUGUGGGUUAUCUGGUGACCAAAGUGGUGGCUGUUGAUGUGGACUCUGGACAGAAUGCGUGGCUGUCGUAUAAACUGCAGAAGGCCACAGACAGGGCUUUGUUUGAAGUGGGCUCUCAGAAUGGAGAGAUCCGAACCAUCCGCCAAGUGAAUGAUAAAGAUGCAGUGAAACAGAGACUGAGUGUUAUAGUGGAGGACAACGGGCAGCCCUCUCGUUCAGCUACAGUCAUUGUGAACGUGGCGGUGGCGGACAGCUUCCCUGAAGUUCUGUCGGAGUUCAGUGACUUUCCACACGACAAGGAGUACAAUGACAACCUGACUUUUUACUUAGUGUUGGCUCUGACUGUGGUCUCCUUCCUCUUCAUCACGUGUUUGGUGGUUAUUAUCUCAGUGAAAAUCUACAGAUGGAGACAGUCUCGCAUCCUGUAUCAUUCCAACCUGCCUGUCAUUCCAUAUUAUCCUCCACGUUACUCAGACACUUUGGGGACAACAGGGACUCUCCAACACGUGUACAAUUACGAGGUGUGCAGGACGACAGACUCCAGAAAGAGUGACAUGAAAUAUAUGCCACCGAUGAGUCAAAGUCUUGUAAGUGUAGAUGGAGAUGGGACUGAUGCACCACAAUUGGAAAAGCAACUGUCAGGCAACUGUUCUCAGAUGUCUACUCUGGUGAGUGAUAAGCUUAUUCUUUGUUUCUCACUGUUGUCAUGUGUUUUCGUUCACUAUGCUGAGUGUAAUGCACAGUUGGGGCAGCCAUAGCCCAGUGUCACUGUCCCUGGUGCUGAAACGGUUGACGCUUGAUGAAGGAGUUUCUUCACAACUUGUGAAUGCAAAUAAAAUGUUUUUUAAUUGCUCUAGUUCAGCAAAUAACAUAAAAUUAUCCUUAUACAUAACAUCACUCUAACCACUUCCAGACCUAAUCAGACAUCCCUAAACUGUUGGUUAACAUUAAUACCAAUAUUAAGAAAAUUCAUCUUAAUGUAAGAUUUUAAAAUGUUCCUAUAACCUUUGUAUCUCUGAAUAAAUUGCUCUUCCCUGGGCCUUUUUAAGAAAACAGAAUUUGUGUUACAGUAAUAGUAGGAGCUGUACAAAUGCAUUUAUUGAAAAAAUAUAUCUGAUUUGACAACUGAAAUCAAAAACAACCAGAAAAUACACGUAACACUUGUCACGGUUUUACCCCGCAUGGCAGAUUAUCAUUCAGUCAUUUAGAUUUUUCUGUCUCGUUCACUUUCAUCAUUAAUUACUUUGCAGUUUUCUUUUCAGAUCUUUACCAGUGUUUCAUCAGAAAGCAUCAACUAUGACCCUAAGAGAACAGAGUUUGCAUAAAAUUUGAAAACAGUAUGACAUCACUGUCGUCUUCCUCUAAACUUGCUGUUAUCGAAGACGUUCCCGUCACUGUAAGACCACAGUGCUCUUACAUGUCAGACUGAACAAGCUGACCAAGAGGGCCAGCUCUGUCCUGGGCUGCCCACUGGACUCUGUGAUGGAUGUGGGUGAGAGGAGGAUGUUGACCAAGCUCUCAUCCAUCAUGGACAACAGCUCCCACCCACUGCACCGGACUGUAGUGGAGCUGAGCAGCUCCUUUAGCACGAGACUCUGACACCCUCAGUGCAAGAAGGAGCGCUACCGCAGGUCCUUCAUCCCCACUGCCAUCAGACUGUAUAACACUACUGUGUAGUUGUUAUUAUGUGCAAUAUUUAUUAUCUUGUUCUUGCACUUUCGUGACUUUUGCACUCCUGUUUUUUGUUUUUGUUUCUAAGAGCCCUGUAAUGUUAAAUUUCUCCUUUGUGAGAUUAAUAAAGUCUAUCUUAUCUUA